AUGUUCAAUGAUCUAUUGAUGUGCAAUAGUGCAGAUCUUAAUUUACCAUUAGAUAUAUAUGAACUAUUCGAUGAGAAAGAAAAUCUCGCUGAUCAAUAUGCCGAUCUUAACGAAGUAUCAUUGAAUAUUGAUGAACUAGGAUUAAAAAUGGCUGAACAUCAUAAAGAGUCAUUUCCUACAUUUAAAUUUACGAAAGAAGAAUUUUAUCGACAUGUUGAUUCGUUUAAAUUCUAUCUUCAACAAGACAUACAAAAAGCUCGAGAUCGUCAAAUUGCAAAGAAAAUUGAGAACGAAAGAAAACUUUUUCUUCGCAUUCCCGGAUAUGAUUUAAUACAAGAAGAACAAAUUGGACAAGGUAGUUAUGCUGAUGUUUAUCAUGGAAAAUGGCUUAGCCGACAUCAUGAUGUAGCUAUCAAAGUUAUACGCGUCAAUAAUGUAACCGAUACAGUGAAGCAAGGUUUUCUUAAAGAAAUAACUACUAUGUAUCAGAUUCGAUACGAACAUGUACUUAGUGUGUUAGGUGCUUGUAUGGAAUCGAACUAUUAUGCACUUGUUAUGGAAUAUAUGUCACUUGGAUCACUUUAUGAUUUGUUAAAGAACAAGGAGCAAAUACUUUCAUGGCCAAUGCGUUGGUCGUUGGCACUUCAGAUGACGAAAGGCAUUAAUUGUCUACAUAUGAUGUCGAUUCUUCAUCGAGAUAUAAAAUCAUCGAAUUUUCUUAUUGAAAUGACACCCAAUGGUUAUCUUGUCAAAGUAGCCGAUUUUGGUUUAGCUCAAAUUCGAUCUGAGUCAACUCGUCAAUCGAUGUCAAACACCGGCGGAAAAAUACCACCGGGUACACUUCGUUGGACAGCACCAGAACUUUUCGCUAGUAGUAAAUCAUCAAUGGCCAGUGAUGUCUAUAGUUUGGGAGUGGUGUUUUGGGAAGUGGCCACCAGAUCUAUACCAUAUGAAGAUGCCAAUGAUAUAAUUAUCGUCACUACUGUUAGUGCUGGAAACAGGCCACCUAUUCCAGUCGAUGUUCCGUCGACGUUUGCAGCCAUUAUUUCUAAUUCAUGGAAUCAAGAACCUAGUAGAAGACCAACUUGCCGUGAACUCAUUCAACGGCUUGAGACACAUGCUUCGAUGUUACAACCUGAAAAUGCAGCAAUACCAUAUCCAACUACAACUACAAAUGUGCCGUUUCAGAUGCCUCUACCUCGAUACACUGAUAAUAUUUCAUGCGAAUCAAAAACAUUACAAACAUCAUACGGUUGGAAAAAAGACGUAGUUACUCCAGUCGAAAACAACAACCAACAUCAGUCAAACAUAUCGACGGAAAAUAUUGGCGGAGCAACUGUUAAUACAGAACCAUCGAAAAUUAAAGACGACCAAGCACAUCGAGUUACACUUGCUAUACAUGAUCUUAUGCUCUAUGACAACUGUUCUAUAUAUGAUGAUGAUGAUUAUGCAAAUAUUUUUAUUAGUAUCAAUUUUUUGGAUUAUCCGCCGGAAGAACUCGAAACACCAGAAGCUCUACCAAAGAAGCGACCAUUUACAAUGUAUUCUUUUAAUUUUCAGAAAGACUAUUCCAUACGUAAUCCUGAACAACAAGCUAAAUUGGCUAAACUCAUUGCAUUUGAUUCAUCGGGAGAGAUUCGAUUUGAUGUGAUAGCUGAGCCUUGCGACAAUAAGCAAACAUUUGAUUGUAUCGAUGUUGGAUAUGCAACCGUGAAUGUAAAGCAACUUUUACAAAUCGAUAGCGAUUGUAUCAAAAAGAGCAUUGAUGUGAUUUCAGCAAAUGAGAAGAAGCAAAUUAUUGGACAAAUAAGCGUCACAGUAGUGAUUCUUCAAGCACUAAAAUUGGUUCAACAACAAAAACAUCAAGUUCAUCAAGUACAAAAACCAGAUGAUACAUCAAUAACAUCAUCAAAUCAUUUAGAACCAUCUUCGCAACUACAGUCUUCUCAUUUUCUAACAAAUGAUAAUGAUAGCAAUGAAAUUCAGAGUACUGACAUUGAUUUGUUGGCUCAUUAUACUAAGUUGAUGUUGAAUGAUAAGAAUGAACCUCGUGUGAUGUUUCGUUGUAAUACUCCAGUUUCUCAUGUUUCUUUGUCUGAUAAUUCUAAUCGUGCUUCUCGUUUACGUAUUGCUGCUAUUCGUGCUCGUAUUAAUGCUAAUUCAAAUCCUCGUCGUCCUCGCACCGAUCCUAAGACAAAAAAUCGCCGGCCAUCUAUUCCUGGACGCCCAGAAUAA